GCAACCGAGGAAGAAGGGUUUGAACCAGGUAGACAGAAACGACUGGUUAGUGACUUUUGAAGUUGGUAACUGCUGCUUAAGUGUUGUUGUUUUUUUUAUCAUGCUCCCUGCAACUGCAGUUUUUCGUUUUCCUUGGGAAAUCAAUUCUAGUGUAGUGAAGGAAGGAAAUUCCGUAAGAACGUUUGGCAGACUGACAUGCUACCAACCUGAGGAGUCGAGAGCUGUGCUGUCUGCCCAGCAUGCUUCAGUUCAACACCAAGUGGUCGUCAGGACUUUGUUUGUGGAGCCCUUUGACCCAAUAAUUGGGGCCCAGUACAUAGUUCUGGGUGAGAUAGAAGAGGUUAAGGAGGAUGACGUGAUGAUCUGUGCCCGUGUUCUGAACUGUGUUGAUGGUGUGAACCUUGCCCUCCUUCAGAAAGCAAUCCAUGAACAAAGGCAAUUCUUCAUGGAAAGAGAGAGCAAAAAGACUGAAGUUCCACCAUGUGCAGACCCAACCUGACCAGGCUCUGCAGUCAUAAAGAUUCUCAAAGUUAGAAGACUUAGAGAAAAUUGAGUCAUGUUUAAAGAGGUGGCUUAUAAACUAUGCGCUCAGAUACAGUCCUAUUGAGUGAGCAUGAGUAUGCCUUUAGAUGCUGCUAAACUGUGAAUAACAUCAAUGUCAAACAAUACAUAACAUUAUCAGAAGUUGCAUAAACAGACCUGUAAUAAAUCCCUACCUCCA